GUCUGCGCGCUCCUCAAUAUACCCUUUCCUGCUCUGUCCUUAUUCCUUUCUGUAGCUCGGAACUAAUUAUGUUGUGCGCUUGGUGUUCUGGCCGCCGAAAAUGGCAGCAUGCGCUAGCCAAAUUCGGCGGACAGAACCCGUUUUCUCUGUUUAUGGCGUAUACUGCUACAUACAUGUAGAAAUCUCACAUUUUUGCCAAUCGAUCAAAGAGUAGAAAAGACGCCGCUCUUGACGUGCAAUUGUAUCAAGUAUCUUAUUAAUAUAUACUUGACAGCCAUGGCCUCGCAGUUGCCCGCGUUUCCGCGGUUCGUGUUCACGAUCGCGGAGCCCAUUUCACUUGUCUUCGGCGCCAUCUACGCCAUCGCGUGGCCGGAUUGGUUCACGGCGGAGCAGCUGGGAACGCCCGCGGCGGCGCCCGCCGCACUGACAGGGCACAGCCGCGUGGUGGCCCGGCAGCUUGGCAACUGCUACGGGCUGGCCUUCUUGGUGGCCGUCGCCGUGCUCUACUCGACGAGCGAGCCCAGGGUCGUCAAGAACUACCUGGUCGCGCUGUGGCUUGCCGACAUUGGCCAUGUCGCCAUCUCGUGUCUCGCCCUAGGCCGCGACCAGGCGCUAGCCGUCGCGGAUUGGAAUAUCCUAGCGUGGGGCAAUAUCGGGAUUACGGCGUUCUUGUUCUUCACCCGGACCGCAUAUUUUCUCGGGCUCUUUGGUCCUGAUAAACCGCACCCAGCCCAGCUGUUGAGAAAAAAGGCGCAGUAGGAGUAAGUCGCCUCGAGGUUUCGCAGUCGUCUUAACUAUUAGCAAACGCGCUGUUGCCUGCUACCUACCUCAGCUGUCAAGCACUUGGGAUGGUUCCACAAGCUCGACCUCGGGCCCCGGUAUGCUGCUGGCUGAUGCCGAAGGGCAUGUCUCCAAGGCCUAAGAACUUUGGGUACUUGAUUAUUAUUUCUAGUUUAAUCGCAUUGGAUAGUAUAUGGUAGUUUGGUUUGUGACGAGAUCUUUUUAUUGUUCGAUAUCCGAAGCUUCGGUGGGCAUUGGGGACUAGGGGCUUCAAGUCCUAAGCUGUUACCGAGUUCAUAACGAGUCUAAACACCGCCAAAAGUACAAUACUAGCAGAUAAAGAAGAGGAAAUAUAUUGAUGUCUCUUCGUCAACUAUGUCUCUCGUCGUUGAGAAUGCUGUACUUAUUUUUAUCUUCUAAGCAGG